CUGGUAAGUUUGUUUUGUUGAAAUAUGAAAACACUGUCGAGUAUGUUUGAAUAGAAAUUUUAUAAAAAUUAAGUAAAUAAAAUAAAAACAAUGCCACCUAAAGGCAAAAAGAAGGGUAAAGGCAAAGGGCCACCGGAGUCAGGAUGGAGGCCGGGGUUCGGUACCAAAGCAACAAUGUCCACCUACUUUCAAUACCCAACUCCUGAGCUGCAGGAGGAGCUCAAGAAGAUCGCUCAAGCAAUUGUAGCUCCCGCAAAGGGUAUCCUGGCCGCUGACGAAUCCACCGGUACAAUGGGCAAGCGUUUGCAGGACAUCGGCGUGGAGAACACAGAGGAGAACCGUCGUCGUUAUCGCCAACUGCUAUUCAGCUCUGACGCUGUGCUCUCCGAGAACAUCUCUGGUGUGAUCCUGUUCCACGAGACCCUUUACCAGAAGGCUGACGAUGGAACCCCUCUGGUCUCCCUGCUGGAGAAGAAGGGCAUCAUCCCCGGCAUCAAGGUCGACAAGGGUGUCGUCCCGCUGUUCGGAUCGGAAGACGAAUGCACCACCCAGGGUCUGGACGACCUCGCCCAGCGCUGCGCCCAGUACAAGAAGGACGGCUGCCACUUCGCCAAGUGGCGUUGCGUGCUGAAGAUUGGCCGCAACACCCCCUCGUACCAAGCUAUCCAGGAAAACGCCAAUGUUCUCGCCCGCUACGCCUCCAUCUGUCAGAGCCAACGCAUCGUGCCAAUUGUCGAGCCCGAAGUCUUACCUGAUGGCGAGCACGACCUGGACCGCGCCCAGAAGGUGACUGAGGUCGUUCUGGCCGCCGUGUAUAAGGCGCUGAACGACCACCACGUGUACCUCGAGGGGACACUCCUCAAGCCCAACAUGGUGACGGCCGGUCAGUCGUGCAAGAAGACGUACACUCCCAACGACGUCGCGCGCGCCACCGUCACCGCCCUCCUCCGCACCGUGCCCGCCGCAGUCCCCGGAGUGACAUUCCUCUCCGGUGGUCAGUCCGAAGAGGAGGCCUCGGUGCAUCUGAACGCUAUCAACGCUGUGGACCUCAAGAGGCCCUGGGUUCUGACGUUCAGCUACGGGCGCGCCCUCCAGGCUUCGGUGCUCCGCGCCUGGGGAGGGAAGACCGAGAACAUUCUCGCCGGACAGCAGGAGCUGAUCAAGCGUGCUAAGGCCAACGGUCUCGCAGCAGUCGGCAAAUACGUUGCCGGCUCUAUUCCUUCGCUGGCCGCUUCUAAAUCGAACUUUGCCAACGGUCAAGCUUCUCUCGGGAAGUACGUCGCUGGAUCAGUCACAGGUCUGGGCGCUGACGCCGGUCUCUUUGUUGCCAACCACGCAUACUAGACGCACGCAACCGUGCUCACAUACAAACAAAACUGAUUACAUAAGCAUUUCAACAUAUGCACUCGAAUAUAAACACAGAAAACAUAUCGCACACACGUUGCGAUAACGUCACUUAUGCAAAAUUUAAUGAUUUAGUUUUUCAGGAGAAACGUUGGAAAAUUCAACAUCUUAUUAUAAUAGUUUUGCUAGACUAAAGAAAUAAAAACGAUAAUAUUUAAACUACAACUUUAAACUUUAUCGGUAAAAGCAAACAUCUCGCUAACUAUUAAAAGUAUUUUCUACUAAAAUGUAUUUUCUCAUACUCGGUUCAGUUUUAACAAAAAUUGCAUAAGUGACUUUAUAGCACCUCAUGUGCGAUAUUGAGGCGACUUUUACGUCACAAAAGCACAAAGACAGAUUAUGCAUUAAAGUUUGAGAAUACUAAAGUAAUUUGUGUAUUUAAAAACUUAGUGUCAGUGUUUGUUAGAGUACUUAGUGAAGAAUUUAGCUGCAUUGGUGGUAAUGAGGAAAUGAGGGCGUUUUGAUUUCAACGCCAUCUAUUGGCGAAGCAGUGUUUUAUGUCGUUUAACGCCAUCUAUUGGUGAAUCCGUGUUUUACAUCGUGUAACGCCAUCUUUUGGUGAACAAGCGCACUAAUGCGUUUUGGCAGCAGUUUGUUCUCUCGUUUCCUGUAAAGUUGCAAAAAUAAAGUAUAUUCAAUUUGCAUUAUUUAUGUACAAAUGAUAAUAUUUAAAGCGUAGAAACGAUUAUUAGUAAUUCAUAAUCUUGUUAAUUUGAUGUAGGUACUUACUACAUUGAGAUUAUUUGUUUAAUAGAUUUGAGAAACGUAUUACUUUUUUACAGUGAUGGGCAAAAAGUAAUCAGAUUAAUAAUUACAAAUUACAGUUACAUUGUAAUUGGUAAUUGAGAUACUUUGUAACAGGUUACUUACGUAACUGAUUACAGCGAGUACUUAUUGUAAUCAGUUAUAAAGUAAUUCGAUUAUAAGUUAAUCUAAUUACAUUAACUGUAACAGAUUACUUAUGUAUUUGAAACAAGUUACUUAUAAUUACUGAUAAUUGAUCACAUAACUAUUCUGUUAUGUUAUGUUAGGUAACCUUACAAAAAAUGUCCUACUAAUAACUUUUUUGACAAACACAAAAAUGAAACACAUUUUAUAUACUUUUUUUUAUAAUCUUUUAUCAUUUUACGUUAUUUUCUUUAAAUUAAUCAUUGGCAGAUUAAAUUAAACAACAUUAUUUUGCUGAUUUAUAAUUUAAAUUACUUUUAAUAUGACUCUUUUUUUCAAACAUUUCGUCUGACAGGCGGUUGGUUGGCUUUCGGACAAUUAAUCAUAGUAGCGUACGAAAACAAAAAAAAGUCGAAAAGAAAAAGCAAAGUCGUCCCCCACUCCGCUCACCUUCCUGUCUAGUUCACGAUGAAGUGAACCUUACCUAUUUAUGUUUAUUGAAGUACAUAAAACCUACCUAUCUAAAAAAUCGAUGUAUGAUAUAUAUAAAUAUGUGUUUUUAUUACAAGUGUUAUAUCCAAAGUAAUUACGAUUUACGAUGUAAUUGAUUACUAUGUAAUUAGGUUAGAUUGUAAUUUAGUUAUAUUGCAAUUAAAUACAUAGUAUUCAAUUACUUUCACAUCAAAAGUAACUUUAAUUACAAUGUAACUGAUUACUAUAUAAUCAGAUUACAGUGUAAUUAAAUUAUUUUGUAGUUUAAUUACUAAUUAGAUUACAAAAGUAACUAGUUACGCCCAUCACUGCUUUUUUACAGUAUGUAUUGUGAAGCUUUGAGUAAGUUAAAAUGUAUUUUGUUAAAGUUGUUUUAACAAUAAACAUUGUUGAUUUUAGUUUGUAUUUGAUAUUUUUAAGAUUUAUUAUUUAUCACUAUUAAUAUUCUUGAUUUUGUUA